UAAGCUUACACCCCGCUUAACAGACCGGAACAUCGCCUGGCCACCUUGCGCAUCCCUUGUUUCCGCCUCGCACGGCUUAAUCUAUCCCUGCACCUCCAUCUUCCGGAUCGGGUCGCGGAUUGCCCAGCUGAGCAUCUAUCUAUCUAUCUUUAAAGAUACCCUACCACCCUUCCCUCUCAACACCACGUCGCCCUUCAUCAUGACUUACUCUCCCAACCUGGCGUCGCAGAACAAGGCUGCACUGGACCACUUCAUCCAGCUUCCCGUCUCACAGGAUAUGAUCACCUACCUGGCACAAAAAGCUUCCGAAGUCAUCCGCUGCGAACCUUCUCUCAACAAGAACCUUCCCCCUACGCCGCCAGCAUCGCCUCCCCAGCAUGCUACUCAGUACAGGGAACCGGCCCUUCCUUCGGUUGAGGAGUUCAUCACGUCUCUGGUUGAAAGGUCACAUGUCCAGGUCCCCACCCUCAUGACUUCCCUCAUCUACCUCAGCCGAUUAAAGGCUCGCCUUCCUCCUGUUGCCAAGGGCAUGCGCUGCACCGUCCACCGCAUCUUUCUCGCCUCUCUGAUUCUCGCGGCUAAGAACCUCAACGACUCGUCUCCCAAGAACAAGCACUGGGCGCGCUACAGUGCCGUCCGUGGCUACGACAACUUCGGCUUCUCCAUCACGGAAGUGAACCUCAUGGAGAAGCAGCUCCUCUACCUUCUUGAUUGGGAUCUCCGUAUCAACCCCGAGGAUCUCUACUACCACCUCGAGCCUUUCCUAGCCCCCAUCCGCAUCUACCAGGCGCGCCAGGCCGAGAAGGCACGGAUCGCCGAGCGCGAGAAGGAGCUCGCUCGCCAGCAGUACCAACUCACGGCCGAGAACCUCCAGCGAUCUCACCAGGAAGCCAUCGCCUACGGCUCCUCCACCUACGUCUCCUACGCCAUGGGUUCGCAGAGGAUGCGCCCCGCCUAUCAAACGCACUCGCGUAUGCCCUCGCGGACUCCCUCUCUGUCCCCUCCCACCCGCAGCUCCUCCGUCUCCACUGCCUCGGAGUCCCCGGCCAGUCUCCACGAAGAGCCCGAGGAGGCCAUCAUGCAGCGGUACGACGCCGACAGCGGAGCCACCAUUGUACAUAUCCAUGCUCUCGGCGCCGCACCCAAGCACAAGCACCAGCACUCCUUCUCCAUGGGGUAUGACGAGAAGCCGGCAAAGAAGGCGAAGACGAGCACUAGCGGCUUCUUCAACCGGAUGUUUGGCGGUGCGAACCCUUAUACGCUUAGGCAGAAUGCCUAUUAAUUCCUGCAUCAACCGACGUUUUUCUUUGUUGUUGCUGUUCGAGACAUGAGAGAUGUGUCUAUGGGAUAUGAGCGAUGAUGGUUCCCUCAACUGGCUUUUUGGGUCAUCGACGUUUCUUUCCUCUUUCUUUCCAUUUGUUGUGUCAGGAAAAGACUUUGUCGGACCAUUUCCAGCAUUGCAUAUAUUCAGCAUACAUAGCAUUGCAGCGGCGCUGGGACGGAUGGGAUUCUUCACUUGUUGCGUUUCAGGAAGUAAGGGAUUCGAAUAUAGCAUAAAGGGCGUAGUUAGUCUCUCCUCUGAAGAGGUUGAGUUAAUCAAUUAAAGCGAAUCAAUCAAUCAAUCAAUCACUC